AUGUUAGAGACGACAAAGCCGUUGAAUGUCUAUAGUAACAGCGAAAGCGGCUACGAUUCCCCACAUGCAAGUGGAGAAUCGUCUCGUCGAAGCUCGGUCGGCUUUAAGGAGUAUGUUAAGAGUCGGCGAUUUACAAUGAUUAGCAAGUCAAAUCGAGUAACAGUACCGAUACCAUUGGCUUCGGAUGUAUCCAGAAAGACGAGUACCACAGAUUCGAAUUCUUGUGGUGUUUUCAAUGAAUUAGAUGAUCUGUCACCAAGACCACUAUAUCAACGACGUAUGAGUGUGCCAGAGAAAGUCUUUCAUAGCGCUGACUAUGCGAUAUUACGUCCAUCCAUGGAAGCUGAUGUCAAAUUUGAGAUAGUGGCAGCAUUUGAUCGUUAUACCGAUCCUUAUCGCCACUACAUGCAAUCACUUACCUGCUACGAUCUUCAACCCAUUCACAGUGCUGUAGUUGUUAUCGAUGGUCAACUCAAGAUUCAUAAAGCGUUAACUGCACUAAGUCAGUGUGGUCAUCAGCUUGCGAUCGUCUCCAAUCUAAAUGUCAAGGGUGGUCUUGGAAUUAUCACCGUCACAGAUUGCUUGAAGGCUAUCGUGCUUGCAUCGGAAGGAGUGCAGAAAGUUGCCGAACAAACAGUCGCCCAGUUCUUAAAGCAAAAUAAUCACAAGCAGUUGGUGACGGCAGACGUGAACACUAGUGUUUGGGAUGCAGCGAAGUUGAUAUGUUUGAACAGAAUUCAUCGCAUUCCAAUUGUUCACUACGAAGAUUACGAAAAUGGCAACGAGACGAGAAAACGACAAGGCAAUCUACUUUAUGUUCUCAGUCUAAAAACGGUUUUCGCUGAGACUAUUGUGAAACUGUCGGAUCCGAAGCCGUCACUUUGCUCACACAUCAAGCAGAAAACGGUGUUGGAGCGACGAGUUGGAACGUGGAGUGGACUCUAUACGGUGCCUCAAACUGCUACGUGCGACGAUGCAAUUACCCUAUUUCUGGAUAAAAAGAUCAGCAGCGUACCGGUUGUGGACUCGUUAGGAUGCAUACUUGGUGUAAUAAGAAAAAGUGAUGUCAUGUAUGAAUUAGUACGCCAUCCGAGCAACUACCUUGAGGUUUUGGACAUUCCAAUUAUGGAUAUAAUAGCUUCUAUGAAUCCUCCUGUCUACGGCACUACAACCAUGACGUUUUACGAUUGUAUCGCUGCUCUUGUGAAUACCGAUCGACAGUCUAUUGUGAUUGUUGACGUUGAGAAAAGACCGAUAGCAGUGAUAUCAUACUCUGAUAUCAUGGAUUACAUCCAGAAUGUUUCGAAUACACAACACAAGUUAAGCUGGACUUAG